UUUCUUGCACCGUGGAGAACAGCAGCCAAAUGUGUGGUGUCACUGUCGGAGAAUAACACAGGAUUACAAACAACAGUCCAGCCCCUGACAGCUGAGCUAAAUCCGGGAGUACGGAGGUGAAACGCCGCCGGUGCACGCUGCUCGGUCCCCGCCCGCCCGGUGACAUGGAUGUCGGACACGGGCAGCUGUAGACUCCUGCAGCCGGACUGAAGGUGAGCUCCUCGGCCCCCCUUUUUUUCGCUCUUCAUGCUGCUUGCCGUUCAUUCAUUUUCUCACGUUAGAAACAGGUGUAUGCCAAAACCCGAGGAGAGGGGCGUCUUUAACCCCCACCAGCGGUUAGAAACGUGUCAUUUGCAGCUUUGGCUUUUGUCAGACUAACUUUAAAGUUGCUUGCAAACGCGGAGGCUGUGGAUUAUAACCGGGGAAGCAUAUCGCCCAUGGUCCUGGCAGCUAAACUAAAAUAUUUAUGCACAAGGUGGAAGAGAUAGAGUCCCAGCUCGGGCUAACAGUCACACAGAUUAUUAGCACAGGGCCUGGCUGUGUGUGAAAUGUGCUGUGGUGGCAGAAGCCUGGUCCCAUCCUCCCCCUUUCCUCCCCUCUCCUCUCCUCCUGUCAGGCGGAUGCUCCCUGUCAGACUUGUGUGUAAUGUUAGCUGAUGGAGCCCCCGACAUUACGGCACGCCUCUGCUGCACUGAGGCUUUUCCAGGACACAGAAAGACCACCUUGAAAAAAAUCUGCUUUAUCCCGUAAAACCACAAUUUUUGGAGGUGAAGCAAAAACCCUCACAGCCCACAUUCACAGUCCAGACUGCCUGAGCUGCAGAGGAAGAAACUCUGAGCCAGUUUGGUCUUAAUAAAAUACCACCUAAGUUUCAUUUCAACAUGGUCAACCUUCAGAGAGGAGGUGACUCUCCUCCAUGUGGAUGUCUGGGCCUGUUCCAGUCUGGUUUGCAGAAAAGUGCAGAGGAAGUAUUUUAACACAAGCAGAAAAGAUUGCGCAAGAACUACAGGGAAAUUACAUGAAGUAAAAAUUACAUAAUUGAUGUUAAUCUACAAAUCUGACACAAACAAGGUUGGUAAAGAUUUUUAAAAAAUCAAAAAUUUGCUGAUUUUGUGCAAAAUAUUUCAAACUUGAACCUCGAACCUGUCAGUGUAACUGUGCAGAACUUUAACCUCCUUAUCUUUUGUAGUUAGUUAAUAUUUAUCAUAUAGAUAUCACCACAAUACACAGAAAAACACUUUCUCCAGCCUGUUUAUGCUAUUUUGGGAGAAAAAUGUUCAAGAUAUUAAACUUAAUGCUAGUGAAAAUUUUUAUUUUAUAUUUAUGUAUUUAUAUUUUCUUAAGUACAUCACAAAAUAUGCUCUUGUAUAUGAAUGUAUAAAACUUAUAUGUAUGAAAAUUAGCAGAUAUCAGACCUUAAUGUCCAAUAUCUGAUGUCAAUAUCACACUGUAGUUGAUGUUUUAAAAUACAAAAUAUAACAAAGCAAAUACCAAACUUAAAGGAACAGUUCAACAAAAAAAAUAUAAAAAGAAAAUAUUUGGCUCAUUAAAACUUCUGAGUGUCUGUCCAGGCAUUUUUUUCAUACAAGAAAUAAACGAGGUAAAUAUUUGGAUUAAUUAAAAAUGCAAUGAUUAAAGCUACUGUAAGGAGUUUUUACAGGUCAGAAAACUAAUUCAAAUACUUAUAAAUGGUUCUGUAUGACUUACUGAACCGAAGAGGGACAUUGUCGUUAUUAUUGACCCCCCAAAACUGCUAGGAGGUGCCCGGCAGUGUUUAAUUUGGCAGCUUUUAGAAAUGAUUUUUAGUUUUCGGCACAUUUUAGUCAUUUUUACCUUUCAUAGUUUAAGUCUAGUUUUCUUCGUUUAGUGCAUGACAGAAAUGUGCAGAAAUGUCAUUAUUACUGUGGAUUUUGAUGCAUAAAACUUUUAAAUACCAUAAGAAACUUUUCAUUAAACAUAAUAACCCAAAUAAUCAGAGGUAUCACUUUGUCCACAGGGGGCGCCAGAGUCAACACAAACUGAAAGUUUCUCACAGGAGCUUUAAUUCCAUUAUUUCAUGCAUAUUAAGAUCUAAUAUACAUAUUGACUUUAGUAGUUUAGAUGUGUUUAAUGAAUGUAGGUAUUAUCUUUUUUGUAAAUAUCAGACUGGUUUGUCCGUAAAGCUUCCCCACAUCAUCACCAGGUCUUUGCAGAGUCCACAUGAACCUUGUUUUUCAGGCUCCUCUGUACCUGAUCUCCUUUUUCACUGCCUUGGGACACACCAGUAUAAAGAGGUGUUUAGAAAUGGCUUCUCUAUUCAGAUGUCAGCGUGACAGCUUAAUUAUUAUAGCCCAGAGGUGAGAAGCUUAGCACCUGAAAAUUUGCAGCGUUUUCCACACUGGGGGCGAAAUUUUCGAGAAGAAUAAAUCUGUUUUUGGCGGGCAGUCGUUGAAAAGUUUGUCAGAUAUGUGAUCUGCAGGUCACAGUGAGACGAGACUGGGUUUAGGAUGUGCUGAGGAUGUGAGUCAUUUGAUAAAACAGUGAAAGGUCAGAGUGGAGAGGCGGUUUGCGUGUGUGUGUGUGUAUUUGUGUGUAUGUGUGUAAGCGGCACACUGAGGUGUUGACAGCAUAAAAGAUGAAGCCAAGAGAGAGAGAGGAGUUAGAGGACAGGCAGACUGAACGACUCCUAUCAGCCUCACACUGUAAUCACACACAGACCAAAAUAACCACGGGAUAGUCACACAGCAGUCAGUCAGUCAGUCAGAUAUGAGGUCGCUGCUAACAGCUGUGUGUUAUGUCGAAAGACUGUAGUCUGUUAUUAUGCCGAACAUGUUCAAGUAGCAUGUUUUCAAAGUGUGUGCAGGAAUGUAGACCACCCUGGUUUGUUUAGUCCUGAAGCAGAAAGCAGAGUGACCACUAAACCCAAAACUAUAUGUGGCUUUUAUGCAGACGAUUAAAAAAAAGAAGUGUUUUCAAGCCGGCAGCCAUAUUGGAAAUGCUUUAUUGGACUAGCUUAAGUUGCGUUGACAAGGAUGAAGGAAUCUUGGUUUCUUGGAUAGAAGAGACAUAAACAUGUUUUUGUUACUUACAGUAAACCUUUUAAGUGUCGUGGUAAAAAUGGGUGUUUUAACAUGGGACCUAAUGGGAGUUUCAUGGCUUUUGGGGCCAGCCUCCAGUGGACACCUGGAGAACUGCAGUUUUUCGCACUUUUUUUAAAUCAAAAUUUUGAUAAGACAUUAAAUUUGUUCUGUAUAGCAUGAAUUAAGUACUCUGUCAGCUGUUGCCUGGAAAUAACCUUAUUUCAUUUUAAAUCUUUUAUUUUUAUUCAGUAUUCUAUUCUAUUUUUAUUAUAAGGCCACCUUGAGUGCCUUGAAAGGUACCCUAACAAAUAGAAUGUAUUAUUAUUAUUAUUAUUAUUAUUAUUAUUAGUAGUAGUAGUAGUAGGGCUGGGUGAUAUGGCCUCAAAUCAAUAUCAUGAUAUGUUGAGCAGUUCACUUUGAUAACGAUAAAUGGAUGAAAAACUCCCACUUGGUUCUAUGCGUUUUAACAUGGGACCUAAUGGGAGUUCCAUGGCUUUUGGGGCCAGCCUCUAGUGGACACUCUGAGAACUGCAGUUUUUUGCACUUUUUUAAACUAAAAUUUUAAUAAGACAUUACAUUUGUUUUGUAUAUCAUGAAGUAGGUACUCUGUCUGCUGCCUUUUUAGCAGGGCUGGGCGAUUAGGCCUCAAAUUAAUAUCACGAUAUAUUGAUCAGUUCACCUCAAUAACGAUAAAUGGACGAUAACUACUCCACAAGCUGCUCAGCCCCUCCCACAUUAACUUCGUCUACUUCAGCCGCUACAACUUUCUCUCCGUCCUCCAUCUCCUCACCUGCCUCUUUGUUAUGGACUGGAUGGGGUGGAGUCACGUCUCAAAUCAAACAUUUUUUUAUUUACAAAUGUUGUUUGAAGCCGAGAACGCUGUUUAAUAAAUUAAAGAAACAUACUCAUUUAUCAUUCUUUUUUAUGAGAUAUUUAUCGUAAAUGGUGAAACUCUCUCCCCCCCAAAAAAACACCACCCACAGCCAUUUCUCAAACUGUAGGGCCAAAAGCCGGCCUGCAGUAAGUCUCUCCACAGAGGUCUCGCCUGGAUUUCAUGCCAGAGGACUUCCUUUGGCAUCAGGAAGCGGGGUGCCUGCUUAAUCAGAGAGAGGUAAACACGUCCUCUGAGGGACGAGGAGGAAACAUUCCUCAGACGGAGUUCACGUCAGUGUGUGGCGAACGAGAACACAACGUUUUAAAGAUGCAUUCACAGAUAUGGAAAUCAUGCAGGAUGAACUUUUAAAGCUCUUGGUGUUUUUUUAUCCUGAAACAGCAGAUCCUGCAGAGCUCCACAAACAUCUGGAAAGCUCCUUUACUGUAAAGUUUGUCCCACCAAAGACACCGUACCCUCUGGUGUGAGGUUAUCAGACCCGCAGGUUGAACACGGGUUCUGUGUAGCAUGAUGUGGACGACAUCUGUUGGCUGCUGAUAAGAGGCUGGAAUUUCACACGGAUGAGUUGAAGUGUGUUUGCUCUUGUCUUUGUUUGAUAUGCGUUGUUUGCAGAAGGCGGGACAGGUUUGGUUGCACAGAGGUACAGUAUCCACAGAGUUCUUGUCAGUUGGCGCAGGUGUGAAGAGAAACGCUGAAUAAGUGGAGAGAGUAGAGGAGAGGAGAGGAGAUCCUGCAGUAAGGACACUGCAGCAGAUACAGGCACAUGUGUGACAGAGGAGGUGAGGUGGAGGUGAGAGUGUGCAGAGCUGUAGAGCCAGGAUGUGUCCUUAAAAGAUCACUUGUAUCGCUCCCUUUCUCCCCCUCUAACUUUAGCGCUCCUUUCCUUUUUUACAUGUACUUCCUGUCAGUCAGCACAGAAGCCACAUCCACACCUGUGUCUUUAAUGAAGUGAGAGCGUGCGGCAGUGAAGGUCUCUCAUUACUCUCCGUUCUGUCCACAGAGGAUGGGCCCAGCGUCCCGGUGCCUGAGGAGAUGUCACUGGGUCGGCUCCUGCGACGCGCCUCCUCUAAGGCCUCCGACCUCCUGACCUUCAACCCCGGGGCGGGGGGCACGUCGUUGCGCUCAGGCCUGGAUGGCGAGAUCAUCUUCUCCAAAAAUAACGUUUGUGUGCACCCCGCGGAGCCCCUGCCCGGCCUGGCAGAGCACCACCCAGGUUAGGACGGGUGGAUGAAUACAGGAGUCAAGUUGUGUGUUUAUUUGUUCUUGUACAUUUCCUUGUGAGUGUUUUCUGUCCCCGUGACCUCUGCUCUGCUGAUAUGACCUUGAUAACUCUGCAGAUUCAUGUACAUCUUGAACUUUCAUGUUUAUCUUAAUCAAGUUUCUCUGAACAGAUGAUAAUAAAAACAAGGUCUUAGUAAAUGACCUUCUCCUGGUGUUCACAUCUUUAUUUUCCGCGUCUCUUAUCUGCUCUCUUCCUUCAGUUUUCUGUGUUUCUGUCCGUUGCCUCGCCCUCACCUCCUCUCCCCUCUCAGGUUUCCCUCUAUGUCAUCAUCAUUUCAUGUCUUUAUCUCUCCUCAGGUUUCAGGUUUGUCUUGUGUUGCAGCUUAUGAAAAGUCUCGCCGUUUCCUCUCAUGUUACCUGAUUUUUUUUUCCUGAUUACCUGACGGUUCAGACCGGUUUCUGCCGCCCCCUGCAGGCUACCUGUGUGUGCACACGGAGAAGGAUGAGAGCCUGGGGACCACUCUGAUCCUGACCUGGGUGCCGAACUCUCGGAUCCAGAGGCAGGAUGAGGAGGCGCUGCGGUACAUCACGCCAGAGAGCUCCCCCGUACGCAGGAAUGCACGCCGACGAGGCCGACGGUACGUGAAUCUUUCAGACAUCUCACGGAGUCUGCAGGCGUGAAUCCCAUUUCUCUUGAUACUGAUGAUUUUUCCUCCAGACCUCAUUCCCGUCCCCCUGCAGCCCAGGAGGACGACGAAGAUGAAGAGCGGAACAUAACCAGCAGCGUCUCUGCAGAGAGCCACAGCCUGGUGUUGGAAGCAGGAGCGGAUCCUUCCUCGCACCAGCAGUCGCUGCCCUCAGCGGGGGAGGAGGGCGACGAAGGCUCCUGUGAGCUGUCGGACGAGGUGAGCCGGGACAGCACCAUGGGCUCGGACUCCGAUACCUUCUCCUCCCCUUUCUGCUUGUCCCCGGUCAGCGAGGCUCUCUGUGAAAGCAGCGGCUCUGUCUUCCUGGACAGCGAAAGCAGGUUAGUGGGAGAUUUGGACUCACAGUCACAGAGCCGUCUGCGUAUUUAAGGUCAAACCCUGAUCCAUAGCUGCUCCGACAUGCAUUAAUAAAAAGACUAAAAGAGGAGAGAGCGUUAGUGAGCUCUGACCUUCUGAGAGACAAGAUUCAACAUUAAAACCCGAAUUAAAACAUGAGGCUGAAAACAACGGAGAGUAAAAUCAAUACAAUAGAUCUACAGGGUUAUUGCAAAGCAGAGUUUGACUUUGGCUUUCAGAAAAAUAGUCGCAAGCAUUUAGAGAUUAUCAAUCAAUCAAUCAAUCUAUAUUUUCAUGCUGCUGAUUCACUUUAAGUGUUAUUUAGAGACCAACUGUAAAGAUGGGAAGAUCAGAGCAACUCCCAUCUUCAACCACAAGAGUGAAACACUUCACAGUAUUUAUCAAGUUACAGAGGAGAGGAAGAUCUUCCUUUAACAGGCAGAAACCUCGAGCAGAACCAGACGCAUGUUAGACAGACAUCUGCUGAGACUGAGCGAAGAGAGAGGGACAGAGGUGAGAUUGAAGCAGCUGGAGAGCAGGCAGGUCCGCGUCAUGAUGGAGCUCAGGGACUCCAAGAAAGGACUGAGUAUUAGUAAUGGUAAUGAUAAUAAUAAUAAUAAUAAUAAUAAUAAUAAUAAUAAUAAUAAUAAUAAUAAUGAUAAUAACUAUGAUAAUAAUAAUAAUAAUAAUAAUAAUAAUAAUAAUAAUAAUAAUAAUGAUAAUAACUAUGAUAAUAAUAAUAAUAAUAAUAAUGAUAAUAAUAAUAAUAAUAAUGAUAAUAAUAAUAAUAAUAAUAAUAAUAAUAAUAAUGAUAAUAACUAUGAUAAUAAUAAUAAUAAUAAUAAUAAUGAUAAUAAUAAUAAUAAUAAUGAUAAUAAUAAUAAUAAUGACAAUAAUAAAAAAAAAAAAAAAUAAUAAUAAUAAUUCAUUUUAUUUGUACAGCGCUUUUAAAAACACUCAAAGACGCUUUACAUAGAACAUAAAACCCAAGAUAAAAAACAAAGACAUGAAAACAGUAAAAUGAAUUAAACAGUUAAAUAUUAAAAGCAGUUUUAAAUAAGUGAGUUUUUAAAAGGGGUUUGAAGGUAGUGGGGUCAGGGCGGUGUCUGAUGAAGGUCAGGGCGGUGUCUGAUGGAGGUCAGGGCGGUGUCUGAUGGAGGUCAGGGCGGUGUCUGAUGGAGGUCAGGGCGGUGUCUGAUGAAGGGCUUUGUGGGUGAGAAGGAGGAUCUUGAAUGUGAUGCGUUGCUUGAUGGGGAGCCAGUGUAGACGGAGGAGGACAGGGUGGUCUCGUGGGUGAGGAGGUGGGCGGCAGAAUUCUGGACUAUCUGUAGUUUGUUGAGGAGUUUAGAGGGUCGACCGUACAGGAGGCUGUUACAGUAAUCUAACAUUGAGGUGAUGAAGGCGUGGACCAGAGUAUUCGUGACUCUAAUGAGACGUGAUGAUUCAAAGUUAAAGACACUGACAGAAAGAGGACGAAGAAGGAGGGACAGGUCCUCAAUGUGCCGGUCUAAACUUAUAUCAGCGUGGUCCAGACCUGAACCAGCACUGAGUACGAGGCGCAGGUUGGUUUAUCCCUGGUUUGACUUCAUCCACUCUCUACUCCCCACUCUUACUGUCUCUCUUCAGCUGUCCCAUCAAUAAACCCUAAAAAUACACCUUAAGAGAGCAGUUUUAUUGUAAUUAAACCUGAUCAUUGUAUUUUUUAUUACAAUCAAACUGCUCUCUUAAGGUGUAUUUUACAUUUAAUCUUUCAUAAAACAGCGCUACAGACCUGAGAAUUAACGUUAAAAACCUGCAAUCAAACUUUAAACCUGAUCAUUUUAUUUUUUAAGUUUGACUGCAGGUUUUUAACGUAAAUUCUCAGGUCUGUAGCGCUGUUUUAUGAAGGAAUAAAUAGAUUAUAUAACCACAUGGCCUGAUUAUAACGUAAAUAACAACAAAAGCUAACUUGAGAAAAAGAAAACGACUUUAAAAACAUGAUAAAACACUGCAGAUUUUUUUUUCCUCCCUGAAUUAAUCUAAAAAAAUCAGAAUCUAGAAAUAAAAACCAUAAAAUCCAGGAUCAGGAUUAAACCAGGAACAUGUGUAAAUCUGUAAACAUCUAUUUCAAGUUACUCAAAGUGGCCACAAGGUGGAGCCAAAGAGAAAAGAAUUGAGUCCAUGAAGGACGCUCUGAGGCCUGAUGGUGGCUCCCUGCACAAACACUGUCCGUCUUCACGGAGCGACAGCAGGUAGAUGACCUCAGCAGGUACGAGGCGUGAAGUCAUCUCGCCGUGAGAGGCUCCGCCCACUAAAGCAGCUCUCACUCUUCAUGUUUUUUAGAAAAGCCACAGAUGGCCUCAAAUAAGUCCCCAAAUCCCUCAAACCCAAAACCCCAAAAGCUUCCAGAGACUUCUCCUCCAAUCAAGCGGGCCAUCUGGACAGGGACUGCGCCGCUUCCUCGGACCUCGUGGCUGUUUCGACUUUAAGAUUCCCUCCUCGGUCGUUUCCUCACGCAGCUAUUUGGCCUGACAUGUUUCCCAGAAUGUGUGUUUGUGUGUGUGUGUGUGAGUGUGUGUCGGAGCCUGUCAGUGUGUGUUCGAGCCUUUUUAACCACUCUCAGACCCCAGCUUGCUGUAAGUGCAGUCAGUGUGUGACUUGGCAGCGCUCUGUGCUUCACAGCUUCUAACCUUUACUCCGUCCUCCUCCUCCUCUUCUUCGGCUCCUCUGUGCUUCACUCACUGUUAGUGUCUCUCUCAGAAAUCUGGCACUCCGCUCAACCCCGGCCUGCUUUUCUUUUCUUCUUUUUUUUUCCGCUAUCAGCCCCUUCCUUCCACUUUGCAUCCUUUCCUCUCCCUCAUUCACUCUGUUUUUCCUCAAUAUUGUUUCUUUCGGUCUUGCCCACCUCUCAAAUAUCUCCCCCCCUCCUCCUCCUCUCCUCUAACUAAAGUCUGUGUGAAGCCCUUUGAUUCCCAGUGCUCCCGGGGUUGUUGUGCUGGGCUGAAUGUCAGCUCUCCGGAUUAGAGGACUGAAGAGAGCGGAGCAGCAGCCAAAACCCUGGAACCCUCUCAAUCUCUCUUUCUCUCUCUCUUGCUUUAAUUGACACUGUUAAGGGGCCAGGAACUGGAAACAUGUCACUUGGAAUCAUUCAAAGAGAAAGAACCGCGUAUGGGAGAGCGAGAGCGGAUGAAAAGAGGGGGAGGAAGAGGAGAGCGGUGGGAGAGGAAUCUCUGUCGAGCUUCUUAACAAGUUUCUUUCAACUUUGACCGAAGUUUAGGAGACCGGAGCGGACUGUCAGCGCGCUCUGCUUUAAUCACGUUAAUAAAACUCCGAUCAGAGUUUCCGACGUCUCCUCCUGCUUCAUCGUAGAAUCAAAUCGGCAGAUAUUUGCUGUUGAAAAUGUGAAGAAAUGCUGUUUGUUCAGCCUGCUGUCAAUCAUCUGAAGCAGUUACAGAUAUUAAAAAGGCGGUACGGAGGUUUUCAGACUUGAACUGGUGGUUUAGAGGCAUCUAUAUCAUUUUCUAAUUGUUUCUAGACUAGUUGAUAAAAACCAACAGGAGCUUUAAAGUUCGAACUACCUACUGUGCAAUACGUUAUCAAAAUGACAUCUAUUUAAGGUAUUUUUUCGAUGAUGAGGUACAAAUAUGGACGCCAUUUCAACGUCUAAAAGAGGUCCAACAAUGACGUCUAAAGCUUGGAUCCAUUUUGCAUGUUGGGCCGACGUCUAGAUUUGGUGUUCAGAUGACGUCCAAAUUCUAAACGUCUAAAAAAGGUCCAAUUUGGACGUUGAAAUUUCUAACCUAUUUUGCACGCCUCACUGAUCUGGGUAUCUUCCUACAAGACUAAAAAUCAAUAUAAACCUCCUUUUGGAGCAGAAAUUGGUUUAUUUUGCUCACCUAUCCUGCUUUAGAGCAAAGUUUUACAGCACUAAAAGGAAUUAUUGUGAUUUUUUUAGACGGAUCAAAUAUGAUUAAAAGUUUUCUACCAUGUCAAAGGAGGCCCAGAGAAGUUUGAGCACUCCUGCAGCCAGUUUAAGGAUUAAGAAUAUCUUUUUAUCUUAGAGUGUUGAAGAUGCAAAUAAACAAAAGAAAGAAAUGAAAAUUAAACCAAAGUCUCUAAAUGAAGCAGAUGUAGCAGGAGUCACUAGAACAGCAGAUGGUUUCGACUGUUAAAACUUGUUUUAGCGCCUUUUUGAGUCUCGGUUUUGAACACCUCAGUCUGAUUAUUCAAAGUAGUUCUUGCACAUUUUGAUGUUGCCCAGCAACCUGUUUCUGUUUCCAAAACUGAGGGAAAGAAAAACAAGAAAUCAAAGAGAUCAGAUCAGAGAAGGAGAUCAGAAAUCAAACUGAGAGGAGGAUCAGAACUUUGUUCACCGUCUUUAUUCUUCUCUAUAAACGUCGUCUUGUUCUGUUCAUGAAGCAGCUCUUUAGGAUAUGAAAUAUCAGUCUGAGGAAGAUUUUGAUUUGUUCUAUUAGUUCCACUUGUUUCUAACCAUUUUGGCCUUUUUCACUCAGACCCGCUCAGUCCCUCAUACAGGACCGUCUGUGUCGGAUCCGUCCAACUGCAGAGCAGGUCGACUCUGAAUCAUCUGUGAGGCGAAUGUGUCUUUGAACAGCUUUUCUUACUUUGUGUUAUUGGGAAGAUCUGGGAGGUGGAAACGUCGACUUUUCUAAAUAAAGAUGCAGGGAAAUUUUUUGCUCUGUAGCUUCCUUAAAGUCUGAGAGCAGAUUUAUUCAAACAAGCGUAAAAACCUUCUUAAUAUGAAGAUUUAGUGGCUUUUUAACUCCACCUCCUCGUAAAAAAUAGUCCCAGAAAAACCACUGAGCAUGAAGGUGUUUAUUCUCUGGAUUUCACCUCCUGAUUACUGUGACUGUUAAAUAUCAUGAUGACGAUAUUAUUGAGAUAUUUAUGGAAAAAUAAGGAAGGAAAAGCAUCACAAGAGUUUACAUUAUAUCUUCAAAUUAACUAAAAUCUAAGUUCUCGUCUUCAGCCUCGUGAACGACACUCACGUCUUUUUAACCUUUAAUAUUUUCUCCAUCCUGAUUUGAGUCGCUUUAUUUCCUGUGUUGUAAAACUUUUAUUUUGAAGGUUGAUUAACAAGUUACUGAGGUGGAUCAAAUUGUUUAAGGAAUGGUUUGAAAGCAUAAGUGUUUCAUCGAACAUCAGUGCUGCGGCUUCUUUUAUAUCCGUCCUCCGAUGAACGCUUAUUUUCUGCACGAUAUCAAUAUUUCAUUUUUUAAGAGGCGGGUAUUUUCAGCCCAGGUGAACAGUCCUGCACUGACCUCUCUGCGGUGCAUGCAGAGCCAACGCGGCCCUCUCUCCUCUCUCCUCCCUCGUCUCUCUGUUUCUAAAGGGAUUAGUCGAAGGGCCUGGAAAUCCCUGCAGAGCUGUACUCCUCGGUCCCGGUUCUGAGGGUGACCUGGCAGCACCUUUCCCCCCUGAGGAGAACCUCCCUGCGUUUGCGUGGAAAGGUGUAACGAAGAGCCCCGGGGCGGUUUGAUCUCAGUCAGGCCUGGUGGGACGUGCAGCGGGCCCCGCACCGUCAAAACAGCUUGUUUACAUAAUACGUCUCUGCACAGUUUGAGGCUCUCUGUUGCUGACUGCGCACAAACAGGACCAGGCGGCCGACACUCUCAGAGGUUGUAAAUCUCUCAUUAAGUUUCUGCUUGAGUGCGGCGCAGCAGACAAUCCACGCCUCGCUGCAAAGAAUCAUGUGCUCCUUCCCUCGCAGAGUGCUUCACAGUUUUUGGUUUUUCAUUUCCAUUCUUUCGCACGUGCACGCUUUAUUAACACCCGAGCUUGACAGCCGUGGAGUUAUGAGAAAAGAGUACAGUAGUCCUCUAGAAAAAAAGCUCCUACAGAUCCCAGAUUACUUAAGCAGAGCUCCCUGCGCCUCUCUCGCCGUCUGCUUAUAUUCCACAGUCUGGUUUGUGGCGUGAUACAUGAGACAGCGAGCAGUAAAUCAGCAGAUAGCAGAGGAAAGCGUGCAGCUUGGAUUGAUCAGCCUUGUUAUUUUCCCAUCUGCUAACGGGGAAAUGAUUAGCCUGACAUGAUUGAUUCAGGGUGUUAUAGAUUACAGUCGGACGGCCUCCACCGUGACCAGCACCAACGUGCCUUUUGUCUCCACCUGUAAAAACGAACAUUCAUCAGAUUCAAACUGCAAAUAAUUUAAGGGUUUUAAAAUUUAGAGGAUCUACAGAAAUCUCAGGAAGGACAAAGGCCAGACUGGUCCAGGUCUUCAGACAACACUUCUUUUAGAAAAGAGACAUGACUCUGUAGUAGAAAUCACUGCAUACACUCUGAAAACAGCACAAAACAUCACUGCAACUAUGGAUUUAAAGGGAUAUUCUGAUUCGUUGUGAAGAUUCAAUUAUAAAACUCACUCCAAUUCCAAAAAUGGUUGUAGAGCUGUGUGAAAUGUUGAUGAAAACAGAACUGAAUGGUUUGCAGAUGAUUUAAAACCUUUAUUGAAAAGUGAAACAUUAAUUUUAAGUGUUAAAAGAGAGAAAUAAUUUGCUUUUGUAGCACCUGGACUAAAAAGAUGUAUGGUCAUUGUCUGGAUGGUAGUAAAUGUGUGCUGCUAACAACCUGGGUGGUCUCCAGAGGAUACUCCGCCCAUGAUUUUAACGAAGAGUGUCAAAAAAGUUCCCACUUUGGCGACAUUUCUGCAUCAUGGUAGCCUAAAGGAAUAUUCCAGUGUAAAAUUAAUUUAGGGUCAAACACACGGUAACACCGAGUUAGACACCCUGUCGAGAGAUGAAUGUUGACGACAGUUUCCUUCUCUAGUUAGACCAACUUUAGUAACGACCGCAGGAUAGAAAUACAGAGAGCCACGAGCUCAACCUAAACAGACUGCAGCGGGGUGACUCAGCUGAAGGAAGAACAUUUAUGAUCAUUUCCUUGAAGGAAUAAUCAUCAUAUUGAUCAUUUUACAGACACAGUAGUUCUUCUGUCUUAGCGUCUCGGUCUGAUUGUAUUUCCAUAAAGAAAUGAUCAUAAAUGUUCUUCCUUGAGCUGAGUCACCCCACUGUAGUCCAUAAUGGACUGGUCGAGGUCUCACUACAAACAAGCGGCUGCUGGAAGAGAGUAGGUGAGUUGUGUUUAGUCUCUUUGAUGCUGUUCUGAGCAUUAUUUGUGGCGUUUUGGUUGAGGUUUGUUUACUGCUCCUCAGACUGCUGUGUAUUACUAUCCAGCUGUCGUUACUAAAGUUGGGAUAACUAGAGAAGGAAGCGGUCAGCAGCAUUCAUCUCUGGAGGGGGUGUCUAACUCGGUUUUGCGGUGUGUUUGACCCUAAAUUAAUUUUACGCCGGAAUAUCCCUUUAAGUUACCAUGAUGCAGAAAUGUCGCCACAGUGUAAACUUUUCUGACAUUCUUCGUUGAAAUUACAGGCGGUGUAUCCUCUGGAGACCACCCAGGUUGUUAGCAGCACACACUUACAACCAUCCAGACGAUGACCAUGCAUCUUUUUCUCUUUCAACACUUGAUAUUUUGUCUUUUCACUUUUCAAUUCGAUAAAGGAUUUAAAUGAUUUGCAAACCAUUAACUUCUGUUUUUCUCCACAUUUCUCACAGCUCUCCAACCUUGUUUUUGGAAGUGGAGUCAGUUUUAUAAUUGAAUCUUCACGACGAAUGAGUUCUGGUUAAAUGUGUCGAACAGACAGCGAGCGUGUGUAAUGGUUAGGAGGAGGAGGAAAAUAACUUCAUUUACACGUCUGCUUCUCAAAUGUCAGCGGGUCUCAACAUCGCUCUGUUUCUCAGCAUUAGCAUGUCUGGAGUCGUGUUUGACAGUGCAUUAUGGCCAUUAGAUAUGGUCCAUUCACUCAAGUGUGUGUGUGUGUGUGUGUGUGUGUGUGUCAGAGUGAGUGUGUGUGAGUAGAAGACACUGAACAUGGCAGCCGGCGGUGCUCCUAUGUGAAAAUCUUGUGUUUGUUCAGAAUGCAUUUUUGUGUUGGCUACAUACACUGUCCUGAUUCUUUUUUUUUCUGUGCUGUCACAUGUUUGUGUGUGUGUGUGUGUGUGUGUGUGUGUGUGUGUGUGUCUUUGUAGAUGUAUGUGUAGCGUGUCUCCUCCUUCUGCAGAGGAACACUCGGCUCGGGUUUCAGUGCCGGGAACAACAUGCUGGCCAUGGGGGAAUGACAGGGGAAAUUGGACUGCAGACAGUGUGAUAUGUGUGUGUACAGAUUUCCCUGUGUGUGUGUGUGUGUGUGUGUGUGUGUGUGUGUGUGUGUCCUCACAAGCCUCCAUGCAUUCCUCCCAUUCUCAGGCUUUUUGGUGGAACCGUCUUGAAACACAAAACAACAGGGCUGAGCUGAGCUAUGUCUGCACAGUUGUCACUGCACUUACCACUGCAGGCCGCGUGAAUCCAUCAUUAAUUAUUCACAUUAUGAAGGAGGAGAGGAAAAAAAAAGACUUUGCAUAUGAAUGUGGGCCGAAUGAAAGAGCAGAUUUUCCUCACUCUGUGAUUUUAUGGAAAAGAUGUCUGCGUCUCCUGAAGCUUUAAAAAGAAAAAAACAUACUCAGGAAAUUCAAUUUUUUAAUCAUUUUCUACAGGGAGCUGUGCGAAGAGUCCAUGACCCACUCGGUAAGCUCCGCCUCCAGCCUGGACAGCCACGCCCCCUCCGAGUGCAGCGGCCAGUCGCAGGGCAUGCGGUGGGAGGAGCAGCAGAAGGUGCUGGCUCUGGAGCAGCUGUGCGGAGUUUUCAGGGUGGACCUGGGUCACAUGAGGUCACUGAGGCUCUUCUUCAGGUCAGCCUCGACGCGUCAUUAAAGGGAUAUUCCGGCGUAAAAUUAAGUUAGGGUCAAACACACCGUAACACAGAGUUAGACAACCCCCCCUCCAGAGAUGAAUGUUGCCGACCGCUUUCUUCUCGAUUUAAAAUAAUUUAAUAAAUAAACACACACAUAUACAGCUCAGAACUGAUAUUGGAAAUGACAAUGAUCGACAUUAUCUACCAAGUAAACCUAUCGAUCGUACGUAGAGCCCACAGAAUGUCUGAGGUCUGAGUCUGAAAAAUAUUGCACUUUGAGCAGGAGGAGUCAUCCUCUUAUUGCACAUCAGAACCAUUAAAUGCCACAACUUUAGUAACAACUGCAGGAUAGCAAUACAGAGAGCCACGCACUCAACCAAAACGCCACUCUAUAACCACAAAUAAUGCUCAGAACAGCACCUAACUUCAUCAACAGGACAUAUAGGGUCACAGCCAUAGUACUAGACACCAAACAUCUUUUUAACUUUGACUCAUUUCUUUAGCAAAGAGACUAAACACAACUCACCUACUCUCUUCCAGCAGCUGUUGUUUGUAGGAGACCUCAGGCCAGUCCAUUACAGACUACAGCGGGGUGACACAGCUCAAGGAAGAACAUUUAUGAUCAUUUCUUCAUGGAAACGGAAUCAGACCGAGACGCUAAGGCAGUAAAAUUAUAAAUAUGAUGAUUAUUACCUCAAGGAAAUAAUAAAGACAUGAUCAUAAAUGUUCUUCCUUGAACUGCGUUUGGUUGAGCGUGUGGCUCUCUGUAUAGACGGGUUUGGGUGCAACAUCAUCGCAAGUAUGUGCGCGCAGCCUUGGGGCAGAAAGCAUUUCUUAUUUGUUUACUAGUGGAGUCAACGGAGAAAGUGAAAUUCAUGGAUAUUUCAGCAAGUGUUUUUCUGAUUUUGAUGCAAUAAAAGAAAACGCGAUUUUUCAAUGAAAUGACAUUUUAUUGCAAUUGUGUCAGGGAGAACUUGCAAACAACACGGCAUCUUCAUUGAUAUCAGUUCACUCCUGAAGCUUUUCCCCGGUGAAUGCACACCUAGUAUUUUUUGUACGCAAGAAACCCGUCUAUUACUAUCUGCGGCUGUUACUAAAGUUGGUAUAACUAGAGAAGCAAGCGGUCGGCAACAUUCAUCUCUCGAGGGGGUGUCUAACUCGGUGUGUUUGACCAUAACUUAAUUUUACGCCAGAAUAUCUUAUUUAAUAUGCAGAGUGUCCCAGAGUCUGUUUGAUAUAAGCAGAGAUUGAAUAAAACAGAUCCCUUCAAGUUUCCUAGAGUCGAAUGAGUUUUUAAUUUUGCAGUGAUGAGGCGUGCACCAGUGGCCAGCUGGUGAUAGCGAGCAGAGAGAGCCAGUAUAAGAUCCUCCACUUCCAUCAUGCCGGCCUGGACAAGCUGUCUGAGGUCUUUCAACAGUGGAAGUGCUGCAGGGAGACUCAGCUCAAAGACCAGGUCAGGAUCCGGAACGAAAUAAAAACACAUUCAGGGUUUUUCCUCGACUCUUUUCUGUCUUUAAAAACUCUCGUUUCCAUCAGGUGUCGGUUGAGAAGUCCUGCAUGCAGUUUUCCAUCCAGAGGCCCACCCUGCCGUCAGCCGAGACCCACCCGGAGGAGAAGCUUUAUCGGCGGCUGGAUGUCACCACCUGGCUGCGUCACCUCAACCACAGCGGGCAGGUGGAGGAGGAGUACAAGCUGCGUAAGGUGAGCGUGACUAAACCACCGGUGUGUCAUGCUGUUGUUCUCACCGCCGCUGCAGCCUCUUGAACUCCGUCCUGAAAGUCAUCUCACAGUAUGAAACUCUCGUUUUGAAUCAGAACCUCGAUCUGUAAAUAACCAGUGGCUUGGUCUUGGCCAGCGUCCCUCUGACUCAUUUUAGUUGUCGUGGUUUGACUCAAAUAAAGUCCUCCUGAAAUGACUCAGUGGCAGUUAGACCAUGACCGAGACGUUUCCUCAUUUAACACACACGCACACACACACACACACACACACACGCAUGCAUGAACAAAAGAGCUCUGUUUUCGCCCGACACGCACACUUGUGCUUGAAGCAGUUUUGGUUUUGCAGCAUUUUGCAUGAUUCAUAAAACAACAAAGCUCCCAGUUCAACUGUUGAAAUAAUUUGAUAUUUUCCAACAUGUCUUCUUUUACAGCUGCUUUGAGUAUUUUAAACUCUGUCAUUUCUGUUUUCGUUUAUGGAAGUCUAACUGGAGAAAAAGGAUUGCAAAUUAGCCGUGGCUGGAAACUGUUGAAGAAAUGUUUUCAUGCAUGUGUCCCUGUCAAAUAAACAAGCAAAUAAACAAAGAAACCGAAUCUAAAUGUAGAAAUUUUUAAUGUUCAGGAUCAUCAAGUCUGUUUCACUUUUAACUGGAUUUGACAGAAACUUGAAGAUUACUGAAACUGGACUGUCAGUGCUCAUACUGCAUCCUUCACUGUUAGGGGGCGCUAAAACCUCACAGAAAUUAAAGUUUAUGUGAGUGACUGAAAGUCCUCUUUCCAGGUCUGAUAUCUUCUUUAUCUACUAUCCCACAGAAGUGAGUUUAAAGCUCCUUUAGAAAACUUUUAUUUUGUUUCAGUUUUGGCGCCCCCUCUGGACAAAGCUGACUUUUUUUCAGUUUUUUUUUAUUUUUUUUGCAAAUUCGCCUUUUUUAUUAACGGUACAAUGUGAAAUGUGGGGAGAGAGGGGGGAGCACAUGCAGCACAUGGUCGGGGCCAGGCUUGAACCAGCAACCACUGUGGGGACCGUGUCCCCCACACAUGGGGGGCGCUAACCCACUUGGCCAUCUGCGCGCCCUGGACAAAGCAGGCUCUUAAUGAACAAAUUCAUCAUUUAGUUUUUUAUUUUUAAAAAAUGUAAAAAACAAGAUAACAAACCUUCCAUCUUGCUCUGAUGAUCUUGUUUACUUUUAUUUGAUCAUUAAAGGCUUCAUUUUAAAUUUUAAGUCAUUUUAGUCUGAUUUUCUUAAACCAAAGUUGUCCAAACUAUCCAUUUUUUUUCCAAUCCGAUACCGAUACCGAUACCUGGGCUGAGCGUAUCGGCCGAUAUCCAAUACCGAUCCAAUACUACUGUUGAAUGAAUGAACUGUAUACCUCGACCUGUGAGUGAAGGCAUCAGGCUUGACAUUUACCUUGUAAAAAAAAAAGGAAACAAAUUAACACAGAUAUAAAUUUACUAAAUAUUAUUUAUGAAUAAAUAACAAACAAUAUCGCACAGCAAAAAGACUUCCAUGUAUUAAAAGAGAAAAAAGACUGGAUCAGAACACUGGAUCUGCGUCAUUCAUCUGAUAUCUGAUCCAGUUAAUUUGUCAACAUCGGAGCCGAUAUCUGAUCCAAAUAUCUGAUCGGUGCAUCCAUAAUCCAAACCUGAUUUUUGCAGCUUUCAUCAAAAUCUGGAUUAUCUGUUUUGUCCAAUUUAAAGACCUUUUGUCUUUUCAGCCUCUUAUUUCUAAGAUUUAACUCAAUCUGAUUGUCAUGUUGUAGUUCUCCUGUACUCUGCAUCUACAUCCUCUGUGUCUGUACAGUCUGAUUCGCCCUCACAGCUGUCUGUUAGAAACCACAGCGUGCCCCCUGUUUGCCCCUUUGUCCUCACUGUGUUUGCUCACCUCCCACUCCCCGCCAGGCCAUCUUCUUCGGUGGUAUCGACCCGUCCAUCCGUGGCGAGGUGUGGCCCUUCCUGUUGCACUACUACAGCUAUGACUCCUCGUCUCAGGAGAGGGAGGCCUGGAGGCUGCAGAAACGCACCCACUAUCACGAGAUCCAGCAGAGGAGGUGAGACGUGUGCGUGCGUGUGCGUGUUUGAACUUUUAACAGGGUGAUUUUUUUUUAUUUGACAUGAUUGAUCGAUACGUUCGGAAAAAGACUGACAGCGCCUCUGACGCCUUUUAAAGAGCGGCUGAACUGUCACACGGCUUCAGUAUCGACUCAGUCAGUCAAACAUUAAACCAUACGUGAGUCUGCUGUGGCUUCUCAUAACGCGCGCCGAGCAAUCAAUAGGCACAAUCAGGAGAGUGUUAAAGGGAGGUGCCGGGUGUGAAAUAAAAGGUCCCCAGAGGAAAAACAUGUCAGUGCUGAUCGGAUAAUAUUCUCUCAUCAGGAGGUGGUGGAAACGCACGUACACAUGAGCACACGAGCACAUCCUGGAGUCUUUAUUUGUCUCAAUAACUGAAAGGUGGAGUGUGCUCAUGAUUUCGCACGCUGCGCCGCUCUCUCUGUAAUGAAUAUGAUAAUUGGACAGGUUUCAUACGGACGGCCUAUUAACAUUUGGAGUACAUCAGGCCGUCUUCUCGCAGUCAGGUAAUUAGGCUCCUUGUUCUGACUCUGAUGUGGAUUCCUUUAAAGACCCGUUUGACCAGAGCUGCCUCCAGGGCCACUAGUUGAUCAUUAGGAGACAGGAAACAUGUCUGCGCUUUCAUCCCUCAUCUCCUAACCAUGUCUCCUUCCCUUAGCGGUGAUGGCUAAGCAGCAGGAUCGCUGCAAGUAAACAGCAGAUUAUUUCAGAUUAUUACAUUCAGCAGGAAUAGAAGAUAGAGACUAAAGGUUAUAUUUUAGUCAUGAGUGAGUGUGUGCUGAGGGUACUCAUACUUCAUAAACAGCUCUAAAACGUUCUCUCUCAUAGUUCUGCAGACGAGCACACACACAUAUGAGGCCGUGUAAGUCCCAGGUCCAGCUGCUGCCCUCUCUCCUCCUCUGGUCACGGCCUUUUAUUAUGUCCUCGCUCAUAUUUUAGAUCCAGAGGUGAAAAAAUUAUUAUAAAGAUCUGAAACAAAAGUCUCUGGUUCAUUUUCAGUUCAGCAAGAAAAACAAACAUGAAAAUUUCUUUCUUUUAUAACCUCGACACAGGAAGUGGGCGUCAGUGAUUCAGGCUUUUAGGGCUGGGCUGAUUUGUUUUCAAAAUAAAACAAUUUGAAAAAUGAAAUACAACACUAAGUUUAUUUAUUUAGGUUUAAGUUUUUUAAGUUUUAUAACGCUAUAAAACUAAAACAAUGUUUGAUCCAAAAUUACACUCUUCCAAGCACUCAGAACGGGUGGAUUUUACACCCAGCAGGUAAGUAGUUGCACCAAAAUAGUGACUGAUAUUAAAUUGGCUGGUACACAGAAACAUUUGUUCUAUAGCCCACACACAGGAACUGCACUGCGCUUCAGCUGCUCUACUAAAACCCAGUUUUCAGGAUGAAAACUGCUAACUAAAUGCAUGUUUAAGUUUUGCUUAACUUUAUUAUUUUUUAUUUUAAUGAUUUAUUUUUAUUUUCAUUGUUUUUUUUAUUUUUAUUUCUACUUGAAUUAUUUAUUUACUCUUAUUUUUUUAUUUGUAACUUUAUCUAUUUUUUUAAUUGUUCUUUAUUUAUUCCUAUUUCAUUAUUCUUAUUUAUUUAUAUCUAAUUUUAAUUUUAUUGUGUUUAUUUAUUUUAUAUUUUUUUAAUAUUUUAUAUACUUUAUAAUGUAUUUAUUUUUAUUUUUUAAAAUUUAUUUUAUUUAUUAUUGUAUGAGGCUUAAUAUGCAUAUUUUUGAUGCAGUUUAUGUCUAAUUAAUGAGUGCGCUCUGGACUUGCUCCAUGUCUCCCGCUUACUGUAUUGGACAUAGACGAUCAUAGAUAAUCUGUGUCUGAGUUCAGGACACAAAACUGAUCAGAGGUAUAAAAGGAAAUGAGUUUAAAGCUCCUGUGGGGAAAUUUUUCACAUUUGUAAAAUAGACUGAACUGUAUAUUCACGACUUUUCAUGAUAUCCAAAUGCUGAUAAGACCAUCAGUGCCAAGAUUGGCAGAUUUUACAUCCUGAUUUUUAAUGUCUGAAACCACUGUAAGAGGAAUAAAGGAUACAACUGACAUUACAAAAGUCAGCAGUAUGAUAUUUCAGUCAUUUGUCCACAGGGGGCGCCAAAAUCGACACACAGGAGCUUUAAGUCUGGAUGUUUUGAUUUGUUGAGAAAAAGUUAGUACUUUGAAACUUUUGUUUCAGACGUGUGUGGUCUUCUCUUGUUUUUCAGUCCAUGUUGGGACUUGAGAUUUGAAGUGACUUUGUUUUAAUCUCAGGAUCAGAAAGUUCUGAUCCAAAACCCUUAGGUAGGAGAACGUGUGCCUUUAAACUCCCUUACAAAUACUCAGUCUUGUUAACCUACCACACCAGUCUUGAACUUCCAGAGCGAUUAAAAACAUACUGCAAACUCCUGAGCAGCUUCCCCAGAGAGAGCGAGACUGAAAUAUAGAAAGGUGGCUGGGGAGGGUCCAGGCGCACAAACACUGGGUGCAGAAACUAAACAGUUGCGUGGCGUUGCAUCAGGUGUGCGCUCAUUAUUCCUGCUGGAGCCACACGGAAAACAAACAGUGUUAAUUAAAUCCCCUCUGCUUGUUAGGACUUGAGUACAUUAGUGCCACACACACACACACACACACACACACAGAGCAUCACUAAUACUGUACCCAACAUUCAGAGGGUUUUAUGGUUGUGCUGUUAUCCUCAAAGGAGCGCUAAUCGGUGAAAACCCUUCUGUACACCACAUGCACACCUCCACAUUUGUAGCUAAUUUGCAGGUUAGCAUUACUGUUUGACUCCAGAGUCACAUUUGAGGUAAAGAUUGUUUGAUAGCUUUACUUUUUACUCUAAUUACCCUCAUUUCCUCUGAGACGGAGCGGUAAGAACUUCCUCAAACUACCUCACCCUCGUCUGUCUUCUCGGAGCAGCUCUUAGAUUCCUCAUCUUUGUGUGUGUGUGUGUAUGUGUGUUUGUGUGUGUUUCCAGAUUGUCCAUGAGCCCAGAGGAGCACAGCGAGUUCUGGAGAAAAGUCCAGUUCACGGUGGAUAAAGACGUGGUGAGGACGGACCGCAGCAACCACUUCUUCAGAGGAGAGAACAACCCCAACGUGGAGAUCAUGAGGUGGGAUCGCCUCUCCGUCUGUCACCUUUAUCCGUCCUUAUCGCGCCCAUUCCUCAGCUCGACGCACAGGCGUACCUUUUCAUUUCAUAUUCUGAACCCUGGGGGAGCCGCAAAUGAGUUUCAUGCUUUAUUGACUCUGACUAAGCCGUCUGAGCACUUUUGAUGCAUACUCAGAGCUAAUGGCUUUCUAAACGAGGAGCAGGAGGAUUUAAAUAGCAUAUUAGUUUAGUGACUCUCAUCCAGGCUCCUGAUAUUUGUCUUGGUAUUACGUCGGCGGCUGCUGUGAGUCACAGGCGGAUGGUAGAGCUGCUGUCAGACGUCUCACAUCUGCCGCACUGAUAUGAUAAGAGGCACGGGCCGGUAUGAGAAUCUGACCUCAAGUAAAGAUAUCAGAAAUCCACGUUUAGUCUUUCUAGUUUAUGAUUUUGGAAACCAAAACUAAUCUCUCUGACAUCUUCUUUUCAUUUAUAUCAAGUCUGCUUCCCAAAUUACGCUCUCUCUUCUCUUAGUUUUUCCAAACGGCGCCCGUUUCUCACUGUUAAUACCCCGUUAAUAACAAUUCUCAUGUCCUCUGGGUUUUCUCUUUGUUUAUACAAUCCUUACUAAUGCAUGAGCACCGCCAGGGAAGUUUUCUUCAAAGUAGUAUCCACAUUAAAAAAAAAGAAACAAGAAAAAUCAUUAAUUAACUCCCUGGUUACCGGAGGAGUUGGCAUGGCAACAGCUUAAGCAGGGCUUGUCAUUUUUUUCGAGUGUUACAGCCCUGCUAAAAACACAUGCUGGAUCAUUCACAGUCUUUGGGUGGGACCUGGUUUUUUAGUGGUCUGGCAGGGCUGCAGGGUCGCCACAGUUUCUUUAUUAUAGGCUGUAAAAAAACAAAAAAUAAGCCAAUGAUUGCUUGUGUGGUCCAGAUUUUGCAACAUCACCGACAUUUCCGUGGCUGAUGUAUCUCCACAGGAGGAUUCUGCUCAACUAUGCAGUGUUUAAUCCAGACAUGGGUUACUGCCAAGGCAUGUCCGACCUGGUGGCCCCGCUGCUCACCGAGAUCCAGGAUGAAAGCGACACCUUCUGGUGCUUCGUCGGCCUCAUGGAGAACACCAUCUUCAUCAGCUCACCUCGGGAUGAAGACAUGGAGAGGCAGCUGGUAGGACUUUUCUGCUGGUCGGACCUACAGUCACAACUAUGCUCCACACUUAAAGGGAUAUUCCGGCGUAACAUUAAUUUAGGGUCAAACACACAGUAACACAAAGCUGGACACCCCCUCAAGAGAUGAAUGUGAAACUUUAGUAACGACCGCACGAUAGCAAAACACAGCGGUCUGAGGAGCCAUAAACAAACCUCAACCAAAACACCACUCUAUAGCCACAAAUAAUGCUCAGAACAGCACCUAACUUCAUCAACAGGACAUACAGGUUCACAGACAUAGUACUAGACACCAAAUAUCUUUUUAACUUUGACUCAUUUCUUUCACAAAGAGACUAAACACAACUCACCUACUCUCUUCCAGCAGCCGUUUGUUUGUACGAAGACCUCUGGGCAAGUCCAUCGACUGCUGCGGGGUGCCGCAGCUCAAGGAAGAACAUUUAUGAUCAUUUCUUUGUCAUUUCCUUGAAGUAAUAAUCACCAUAUUAAUCAUGGUAGUUCUUCUUCAGUGUCUCGGUCUGAUUGUAUUUCCAUGAAGAAAUGAUCAUAAAUGUUCUUCCUUGAGCUGCGGCACCCCGCUGGACUGGCCUGAGGUGUUAUGGUGUGUUUGACUCUAACUGAAUUUUACGCCGGAAUAUCCCUUUAAAACUUGCUAAAUGGACCAAAACACCCCCAACCAGAUCUUUGAGUCUUCAGAGUCAAGCACAAAAUGCAUGAUAUUAAUCGCACCUUUCAGGGAAGAAGCUGUUCUUGUGGUGGUUUUGGUCCGGAUGGGUCUCUGCCUCUUGCCUGAUAGGAGGGUCUUAAAGUCUGUGUUUGGGUGGGAGGACACAAUCUUCUCUGCACACUUCAGGGUCCUGGAGUCAUACUAGGUCGUGUAGAGGUGGCAGGUUGAAGCUGAUCGUCCUCUCUGCUGAGGGGAGGAUGCGUUGCAGAGCUGCAGUUUGCUCAUAUGUAAAAGGAAACCUGCUGUGCAGAUAGGGCUGGGCGAUAAAACGAUAAUGAUAUAUAUUAAAAGCUAAGUUCCCUCCGAUAUUGAUAUGAAACAUGGUCAGUAUGCUUUUCUAUAGCCAGCAUUCUGCCAUGUUUUGGUAGACUGAACCAACCAUUGAGACCUCUUUCCUUAGCGCAACACCUUAUGACAAAAUGUCAAAGAGACACAAAGACCUCACGAUGCAGCAGCUUGUUGUAUUGCAAAAGAAAUGCUACCAAUAAGCACAGUUAAAUUUUAUUUAAGAGUAACAGGGAACAUUUAAGAUUGACAAGUAAUCUGAUAUAUAUCGAUGUCGACUGAUAUGAAAAAAAAUAUUGUGAUAAACUUUUUCCCACAUCGCCCAGCCCUACGCUCAGAGAAGCAUAACCUCUGCUCAGGAAUAUUAACACACGGUUAGAAAGAGCUUGUCUGCGUUUGUAAGACAGCGUGUUCCCUCUCUGACUGACCCUCAGAUGUACCUGCGGGAGCUCCUGCGCCUCAUGCUGCCUCGCUUCCACCAGCACCUGACCCGGCUGGGGGAGGACGGCCUCCAGCUGCUCUUCUGCCACCGCUGGAUCCUGCUCUGCUUCAAAAGAGAGUUCCCAGACACCGAGGCUCUGCGUAUGUGGGAGGCCUGCUGGGCACACUACCAGGUCAGGGCAGAGUCUUUUUUGCAUACUCGAGCUUGUAAGAACAACUUUGCAUAAAUGAGCCCAUGGAGGCUUUUGACACUGCGUCGAUAGAGCCCUGCAGUUUUUAUGCUUUUCAGGGGGCGUCCAUAAAAGUGCAGUUUAACUCUCUGUCUGCAGUAAAGUCCGUGUUAUUCCCCUAAAUCCUGUCACCACAGACCAUUGUAAUCCUCCUAAAUACUUUUAAAAUGUCAUAGUACAUCUCGCUUUUGGAUGAGUUUAAUGUUUAAUUCAACAGGGAUUAGCCGUCCUUUUAGUACAGAUUCAAUAUUUCUGAAAAUCCCUCUGUUUGAUUUCUGUCACUUUACGUUGAGAAGAGCUUUUAACUGGAAUUACAUGCAGGCUUUACACCCAAAGACUGAUCUACAGCUCAGGAUAUUCAAGGAGUGACCAAAAUAUAGAAGCUACAGCAGCUGAUCUGUCGUCAGCAUCGAGAAUCUGGAGCUGAUCCUUCUGCGUUCAAGUUACCUCGAAAGUCAGAGCUGGGAAUGACGUCACACACGAGUUGACGGUGUUCCAGUUAACAAGUCAGAGAAUCAAUAUAGACGCUUACUAUUAGCCAUUGUUAGCCGUUAUAACACAGUAUUUUACACUUACAAACACCAUAGCACCGUGUUCACAGCUGGGCGUUGGGCAGUACAACAUAAACCACUUAUUUAAUUUCACAAAAACAAAACAGAAGUGCGAAUAAAUCAAACAUAACAAGAAUAACAAGAACUGUUACUCUUCACUGUUGAUGCACUGCGCUGCCAUCUUGGUUUAUGACUUUGUCGCCAAGUUGGGGUUGGCGAGGAUCGCCCAACUUUCCGACUUCAGGGGGGUGUUCCAGAUAAAUUUCCGACUCAGAUCUCGGAAAUUCCGACUUCCGAGUCCAACUGGAACGCAGCAGGAUCAGCUCCAGAUUCUUGGUGUUUUACAUCUGGCUCCAAAUGACGCUGUUUGCUUAUUCUGCAACCUAAACUCCGCAAAGAGCGAAGAGUCAAACAUCGGUCUCUGUACGUUGUUCCACCUGUUCAGACUCCCUGUUAGUUUUUCUGCAGCUGCAGGUGUAGAGAGAAGAGAUAGCAGAGGGAAACCUCGGUGUAAACGUUUGUAGGUCAGAUAUCAGACGGAGCAGGUGCAGAAAAAGAUGAUUCAUAUCUGAUUCUUCAGGAAACACAACAAUGUGUGUUCAGGGUUAAUGACAUAAAGCUGUAAUAAUAACAAACACCAUCACUGUUUUUCAUACUUUUUCUUUUUUUUAAACCGAUUAUUUAAAAAUAUCCUCUAAAUCUGCAUUUCUCUUUUAAUCUGUGUAAAAUAAUAAUUUUAAAUAUGUGCUUCUCCUUUAAACCCUGAUUUAAAUUAAAAAUAGUGAAAGGACAUCAUAUUAAAUGUUUAAGCUCAAUUUAAAAUAUUUGAAAUAUCUGCUAGUUUUAAAUUUAAAGAGGACAACAUGUUCUAAAAAUGUCUGACAGGGAAAAGAAAACACAGAAAACGCCAAGUAAAGGAUCUCUAAACGUAUUUAUGUGCAACAAUCUUUUAAGUGCAUUUCAGAGAGGCUGAAGGUUUACCACCUCCUGAGAGUGAGCAUGUCGUUCAGCUGUAAGUGUGAAAAUAAAAGACUUUGGAAAUUUUAUUUACUCCACAGCACAAAUAUGUCGUCAAAACUGCCAAAGAAAUUUAAAAAUCCAAAAACCAAACCUGGAUAUCUGUGAUCUCAGGUUCAUAGCAUUUGCUAAAAAAAUUCUUAUAUGUUAUUAUUUUUUGCCACAUCCAUGACUGCAGGUGAAUCACGCAAAGAGGAAAAGAAUAAUUUCAUUUUUAACCAAUAAAAUAAUUCAUUAAAACACAGUAAAAUGUCCUCUCCUGGUUUCACAGACGGAUUACUUCCACCUCUUCCUGUGUGUCGCCAUCAUUGUUCUGUACGGGGAGGACGUGACGGAACAGCAGCUCGCCACGGACCAAAUGCUGCUUCACUUCAGCAACCUCUCCAUGCACAUGAACGGAGAGCUGGUGCUCCGCAAGGUACCGCAGUCAGCGCUCUUUAAGUCACAUUUAGGCCUCUUCCUUUCAAACCCGUAACACUUUGAUCUCCAUUAAUCCUAAAAUAGUAAAAUCAUGUGUUUUCUUCUCUUCACACUGAUGAUAAUUCCUCCACAGACGGCUGCAGUGCAUUUAGUUCAGACUGCUAUUGUUGCCUCAUGCUGCAGCACACUGUAACUUGCCCACAGAGGCCUUGAGGUGCUAAAUGGGAUGCUGCCACGCCAUGCGGAGAUUUAUGAUGUGCAUCUCUGCUCCGGAGUCGGCGCCUGCGUCCUCAUGUUUAUGGAUGCUUUGUUUGUUCUGCUGCAACCACAGGCAGUGUGUCUGUGUUAGCAUGCAGCAGGCGCAGCUCCUUUUGUUGUUGCCUGAGAUUUUUGCAUCCGAUGUUCUCCGAGCAGGCACGCCGGCUUUUUAGCUGUAGGCAACAACACAGUGCUGCGCUGACCUUGGCGUGGAUUUAUCGUGUUUAUAACGGGCGUCAAGGGUAGAGGCUUAUUUUUGUUUUUAAUCCAUUAUGUCUGUCAAGUGCAGCGGCGUGUUUUGCAGUCUCUGACUUUACUUCGUGUCACUCUUUUACACAUUUUAGUUCAUCUGUUUCUCCUCCAGGCCCGCAGCCUUCUCUACCAGUUCCGCCUCCUACCCAGAAUCCCGUGCAGCCUCCACGACCUUUGUAAACUGUGCGGCCCGGGGAUGUGGGACAGCCGCUACAUCCCCACCGUGGAGUGUUCUGGCGAACACCCGGACUCACAGAGCUGCCCCUAUGGAGGCACCUCCACCCCUCAGCCCUCCUCGCCCUCGCCGUCAUCCACGCCCUCCUCACCGAACCCCACCCACACGCCUCCGUCAGAGGGCAAAAAAGGCUCCAAAACGCGGGAUAUUUUCACUUUCAGGAAACAGUCCUGAGGCGGAGGCUGCAGGGAGCUUGGCUGGUCUUUGCUCUGAAAUUCUGGAUCCACCUGCUGGACCCCUGAGCCGUCUCUCUGCGCAGUCCCUCUGCGGUCUUAAGCGGGGACACUGUCUGACCAGAAGGUUCAGUGUCACGUGGACAGUUUGACGCUGGACAGGAGGUGCUUUAUUCAGAACGGACAAUCACCAGGCCCUGGGUCGGUCUGGAGCUCCUUCAGGUUUCGAGCCUGCUGCUGCUGGCUUGGCAAACUUCCACAGGUCUUUGUGGGCAGGGGGGUCACAUCAGGGUCUGAGGCAACCAGCCUGAAUCCGUGCAGACUCUGACCGAGGGGUCGAUUCAUUCACAUGACUUUAAAGUGUUCUCACGCUGGAUCAUUCCUGUGAAUAUCAGAUUCAUUUCUCGACGAGACAUUUUUAACCAUUUCAUUUCAGUUUUCUUCAAACUCAUUCCCAAACAAAUGAAUGUUUCCGUUUGAAUCAGCAGAUACAAAUAUUUAGCAAUAUUAUAUCCUUGCAUGAGUGACUCUCGACAUAUAUGAGGCGCCACAUGUGCGGUGCCCAAAAGAGAAGUAAGAAAGUAUUUACAUGACGAACAGCUCCCAUCAUGACAGAGCUCGUGUGUUUCCUCAUCUGAUCGUGGUCCGGAACAUUCUCGUAUUUUUCUUGUUUUCUUGACAGCAGGAGGAAGCGGAGUGUGUGUUUCCUCCUGAUAAAGUCGGACGUUCGUUUACCUGUGAUUCACGGGACCUUUACGAUUUUUUAAAAAACACGUUUCCUGGAUGGAUUCAACAGCAACUUCUGCCAGAAAAAAGAACAGAUCAUGGAUGUGUUUUCACUAGGGAUGCAUGAUGUUGUCGGCGGCGUAAUAUCGGUAUCAGAUGGUUGAAAUGGUUUCUAUUUUAUCUCCUCAAAGGAAAAUCACGGAUCAGUAUCAGCAGUUCAGUCUCCGGUCUUCAAGGAACAAAAAGCUGCAGUUCCCUGAGUGUCCACUAGAGGCUGGUUGCAGAAGCACCAGAAACCACAUAAACACUAAUUCAAAAAAGUCUAUUUUUAGAGCAGAAAUAAAGAUGUUUAAAAACUGAUUCAGAAAAAAAGUUUGAAUACCUCAGAGCUCCUACAGCACGGGAGAUAUUCAGGUUACGAGAAUGGCGAAUUGGAGGCGUGGCUGGCUUGAUUGACAGGUUUAAGGCCCGCCUCUUGGAGGUUAACUGAAAGUUAGGUUGAGUUUGCAAUUCCAAUUUGGUAACUGCUGUCGUUCGUGUGUCAUACAGUCCGAGAUUUCAAUUAACUUGUAACUUGCAGCCGUAGCAGAAGAAUGAUAUUUAUGUUUGGCGCUGAGGCGUCGACCUCAGAGAAGUGUCGGACAGUAUCUUAACCCUGAUAGUUGGAGUCUGUUGCUAGUUUGAGCUCAGCCUCUAGAAAUCUUACAGUUUAUAUAAACCGACCAAAUUGGGGGAAAUUUUGGUCACAUGUUCGUGAGAUCAGAGCCGGUUUAGUUGCUUGCCUGAAGUAGCUCUCACUGUGCUCUGUAUGAGGUGACACAUUUGUAACAGAACAGAUGAGCCUGGAUCGGUUUUUGGUAUCAGCUGAAAUGAGUAUGAAAAUAUCGGCGUAUCUGAUAUCGGCGAACUCCAAAUAUCGUGCACCCCUAGCUUUGACCUGUCAGGGAGACGGAUUAUGUUUUUUGUCCUCAUGUGUUGGACAUGGUUGUGAUAAAUCAUCACCACAGUGUUCACUCUCACCUCAAUGACUACACUCUAUCGACACUUCAGCAUCAGUCCACGUGAAUGUAUCUGAGUUUUUUCUGCUUCUUUUCACUCCAAACUUUCCGGUGUGUGCGUGGAUGUGCGUCAGCGUGUGUGUGCAUAAACUUGGGUGACCUCUAAACAUCUGGUAAUGAGUUGGAGGGCAGCCGUAGAUCCAUCCCCCCGGCCUCCUCGGGCUGGACCGGUCUCUUUAAUUAUAGAAAUCAUCAUGGGGGGAAACCUGGAAGAGGGAAGAAGAAAGAAAAUCCGCCUGUUAGGACUCUUCAGAGACGGAGAGAGAGAGAGAGAGAGAAAGGAAGAGGGACGAUUUAGGCAGCGUACGGGGAUGUAUAGAGAUCUCGCCUCUGUGAUUUGCAAAUCCCAGAUGUAAAGACGGUCUCCGCUCGGAGGCUUUUCCCUGAGAGCUUGUGAGUGACACCCCCGGGGAUGAAAACAUCUUCAAAUUGCUCCAAAAAUGUAGCAUUAAGACCUUCAAUCAGCCUUCCUCCACCGCCUCUUCCCCCUCCUCCUCCUCUCUCUCUCUCUCUCUCUCUCUCGCUCUUUCUCUCUCGCUCUCUCCCUCACUCAGCCAGCAGUCUCUUCAAAUGACAUUCAUAACUGCUCCUUCUCCCUAUUAGUUAUCAUGUGCAGCUGCUCGCUCGAAAUGCCUGCAGAGUUUUGCAGAUUGGGUGGCGGCGAGGAAAUGAGCAAAGUCAGGGAUGCAGGAUGGAGGAGUAAUGAAACUAUAUAUGAGUGUGUGUGUGUGUGUGUGUGUGUGUGUGUGUGUGUGUGUGCAUAAAUAAACUCACAUCAUCUGCACAGACACUGAAAGUCACGAGCCUGAUCAAUGACUUCUUUUUUUUUUUGAAGGGGUUUUGAUCAGAAUCACUGAAUGUACGACGUCGUGAAAACAGACGACUUUUAUCCCCGGUGAUAACAAAAAACAACAACAACAACAACAACAACAACAACAACAACAACAACACAGUCAUACUUAAAAGAAACAAAAGACGCCAGAAAUGGUUUCCUGAUCUGAAAAUUGUACCGAGUCAACAGUUUUUAAUGCCUUUCUGACGAUGAAUGACUUGUGAUUGUGAUCUGGACACUGCUGGGAUUUUCACUUUGAUUACUUUUCAUCAUUAAACACUGCUCAGAUUAUGCAUAAACUUUGGGUCUGGUCUUUUAUUUUGUUGACACGCGAACAUUUUGCAAAUUUUCGUAAUUUGCACAGAAGCAACUGCAAUGUACGCAUGUGGUUUAAGCUCCUCGAAUUACAUAAUUGUCUCUCUUUUGAGAACCGGUGUUACAGGACAGUUGAGAAAGACGCUGUGAUGUAAGACGAGGUUUACAACUUCCUGAAUUAGUCAAACAAUGAUUAAUAAACAAAGGAACAAACAGCAAAAACCCAAAAAGUAGUUCUUGUUCUUGAAAACGGUGGCUUCGGUGUUUCAGAAAUGUCCCAACCUGGAGAGCGUUUUUAAAAGUUACCAUUUGAGGUCGUAUUUUAAUUUUCCCAAGAACACGAUCUUUGUUAUAUCGAGAUAACGAGAUAAUAAGUCGUUAUCACGAGAUAACAGUGCAUAAUAAAUAAAGAAGAAUCCAUGGCUGUUCUCGUCUUCUGUAGAUUCCUGGUUAGUGCAACAGCAUUUGCACUUCUCAGGAGUCCCAGUUUGUAGGGCUGGGCGAUAUGUCCUCAAAUCAAUAUCACGAUAUAUUGAUCAGUUCACCUCGAUAACGAUAAGUGGACAAUAACUACUCCACAAGCUGCUCACCCCCUCCCACAUUAACUUCGUCUACUUCAGCCGCUACAACUUUUAAACCGUCCUCCAUCUCCUCACCUGUCUUUCCCUGGAUAGGGUGGAGUCACGUCUCUGAUGUAGGACAGCGUCUUAAAGGGACAUGAGACCAUAGCCUACCUGCACACAUCCUAAACCAACUUUUUAUUUAUUUAUCUUUUGAUACCAAAUAUAUCAAAAAGGCAUAAGGACGUUGGUUAUUGUAAUAAAUUUCAGAAUCGGUAAAUUUUUGGUUUAUCGCCCAGCCCUACAUGAUUAAUUUUCUGAUUGAUUUUAGUUCAAAUGAUUUCAAAUUAAACAUAUUUUUAUUUACAAAUGUUGUUUGAAGCCGAGAACGCUGUUAAAUAAUUUAAUGAGACAUACUCAUUUGUUAUUCUUUUUCAUGGGAUAUUUAAAGUGAAGGGUGAAACUCUCUCCCCCUAAAAAAAACACCACCCACAGCCAUUUCUCAAACUGUAGGGCCAAAACUCGGCCUGCAGUAAGUCUCUCCACUGAGGUCUCGUCUGGAUUUCAUGCCAGAGGACUUCCUUUGGCAUCAGGAAGCAGAGUGCCUGCUAUAUGAACUUUUAAACCGUCCUCCAUCUCCUCACCUGUCUUUCCCUCUUUGUUACUGGAUGGGGUGGAGUCACGUCUCUGACGAAGGACAGCGUCUCAAAGGGACAUGAGACCAUGAAUGACCUACAUACCUACUGUUAUUGUCAUAAAUUUCAGUAUCAGUAAAUUUUCGGUUCAUCGCCCAGCCCUACCAGUUCGGUUGUUCUCUUCCCUGUAUGUGUGAAACUCCUGGUCUCAUGGCCUCUUAAGACCAGAUCCCUCCCUCCCUGUCCUGUAGUCAGUUACCUCUCAUGUAGUGAUUGCUGCAGUUGACAGGUGCAUAUCCCUUUUAAUUGAGUUUUCUGUGUGUGGUGCUCUUUUCUCAUCUCCUCCUCUAACAUUCAGAGCUCAUGGUUUAAAAAAAUACUCAUACUUUUCUGCACAUUUACAGCACCUCGCCUGCUUUGGUUCCUCCUCUCCAAAGCGCUGUCACUCCCCUGAGCAGGAUGCAAAAGAUAAAAAGUUGUUUUUCAGCUCGGUUGUCUUUUAACUCCGCACAGAUCAAAACGAUGAGUGUGAAUCCUGCCUCAUGGGGGAUUUCCUUUCCUCUUUUCUGACAAACAAUAUAAGGCCUCCCAUGAGGGAAAAAGGCAGCCCAGCAGACGGUGUGUUUCUCAGAGUUUAACCCUAAACUAUCGAACACACUCUUAUCAUCCUCUGCUGUUUGUUUGUGGCUGUUUGACAGUGUGUGUGUGUGUGUGUGUGUGUGUGUGUGUGUGUGUCUGUGUGUGUGUGUGUGUGUGUGUGUGUGUGUGUGUGUGUGUGUGUGUGUGUGUGUGUGUGUGUGUGUGUGUGAAGGCUCAGGCGUUUGACAGCGAUCAACUGACUGUCACGGACAGCUGUGGAGAUAUCAUCAGACUCCGUCGUCAGGUGGCUGCCUCCUUGAAAGCGAAUGUAAAGCUGGAGCUGACAGUCGGUCGUCUUCGGGGAAACGGGCGCAAGAAAAAAUGAGUUUGAUCAGUUUGCUGUGAGGAAAUCGUCUUUUUUGCCACAAAAUUCUUCUCUGAAUUUACACCUUCGACUCUCUUUUGUGUCCACCUUUCCUCUUGGGUUCAUCCGCUCACUGUUUUAACCUUCUGAUUAAUGCAGGACGUCACUAUAGGAUGAGUUUAAUGGGUUUCAAUAGGAAAAUGACACAGAGG